CACCACGAUGCAGAACUUUGCCAUCGAGGUGCCGGGUGAAGCUAANCCCUUAACCGAGCAUACCUUACUCAACGUACUACGGUCUGCAGCAUCGUCAGAUCCACAGCAGGUUCAAUCAGGCGCCAAACAACUCGAACGAUGGGAGAAAAGUGCCGGAUUCUACAAGCACUUGCAAACUGUAUUCAUCGAUAAAUCGUUACCAUUCGAAGUCAGAUAUCUCGCCAUCAUCCAGCUCAAGAAUGGUAUCGAAAAGUACUGGCGCAAGACUGCUGCAAAUGCUGUCUCAGCGGAAGACAGAGCAGCGAUUAGAUCUCGCCUUCUCGAAAGUGGCAUCGAAGAACACGAUCACCGUUUAGCUCUCCAAAACGCACUCGUCGUUGCAAAGGUCUCUCGAUUUGAAUAUCCGCACGAUUGUCUACUGCGAAGAUCGACAGAUUCAAAUUCUAACCCUAUUCACCUUCCUCGUACGUUGCUUAUCCUUCUUCACAUCACCAAGGAACUCUCCGCCGCUCGCCUCCAAAGGUCUAGAGUCGCUCUGCAGGCUGCCACUCCCGAGAUUGUACAAGUGCUCGGACAGAUCUAUCUCGAGAAAGUACAGUCCUGGCAGGAGACUCUCAGCAGUAGGAAUGGCGAUCAAGAAGCAUUGCAACAGACAAUGCAAUCUAGUCUGUUGCCCCAGGCCUGGCAGGAGGCUCCCACCAGCAGCAUUGGUGAUCAAAGACUGCAACAGUCGAUGCAAUCCAGUCUGUUGGCGAUCAAAACUCUGCGCAGAUUACUCGUUGCUGGCUAUGAAUUCCCGAACCGGGAGUCGGACGUGCAUCAGUUCUGGCAGCUUACCUACGCCCAAGUGGGCGCUUUCAUGAACUCCAUCUCUGCGCAAGGAGCCACACUUCCCGAAGAGCUUGGUGUGUUAUUGGAAAAGCAUCUGCUUCAAUUAUCGAAGCUGCAUCUGGAGAUGGCCAAGGCCCAUCCUGCGGCUUUCGUGCUUUUGCCAAACUCCCUUGAUCUUGUUCGCUCAUAUUGGGCCCUCAUCAAGCAGUUUGGAGAUGUUUUCGGUUCUCGUUUGACUGCUGGUGUGUCUAGUGGAGGCGAUGGCGAGCAGAAGCCAUUUCAGGAGAAGGUCUCCCUCUCUGGGCUCAAAAUCGUGCGUGCCUGUAUCAAGAUGGUGUUCAACCCCGUUCAAUCCUUCAAGUACAAGCAUCCGCAGGACAAGGUUGAGAAGGCAGAUGCAAUCGCUGCUGUCAAGGAGCACCUCCUGGCAGAUGCUUUUGUUACCGAAGUCAUGGAAGUCGUCAUCACCAAGUUCUUCGUCUUCCGACAAGGCGAGCUUCAGGUAUGGGAGGAAGAUCCGGAAGAGUGGGAGCAAAGUUUGGAGGGCGAGAGCGAAGGAUGGGAGUAUAGCGUUCGACCCUGUGCUGAGAAGUUGUUCUUGGACCUCGCUCUCAACUUCAGAAACUUAUUGACGCAACCGCUACUCAAUGUUUUCUACACCGUCGCAGCACCGGACAACGAGGAUAUCCUUUUCAAGGACUCGGUAUACACAGCAAUUGGCUUGGCUGCUGCAAUUCUGCAACAGCAUCUCGACUUCGAUUCAUUCUUAUCUAACACAAUCGUUGUCGAAGUGCAAAAACGAAAGCCCGGUUUCAACAUUCUGCGCCGUCGUAUCGCAAUCCUUUUGGGUCAGUGGAUUACCGUCAAGGUCUCUGCAGAAAAGAGACCCCUGGUUUACCAAAUCUUCCAGCAUCUGCUCGACCCGAGUGACUCCUGCAAUGACCAGGUUGUCAGGAUCACCGCCGGACGACAGCUCAAGCAGAUAGUAGACGAUUGGGAGUUCAGUCCAGAGCAGUUCUUGCCUCAUGUUCAGACGACGAUGUCACAGUUGUUGAGCCUCAUUGAGGAGGUUGAGAACAUGGAGACGAAGAUGGCGUUGCUCAACACGAUUAGUGUUCUGGUUGAGCGAUUGGAACAUCAUGUAAAAACGAUCAUCAGCAUUCUGCCCAAUCUUUGGGAACAGUCUGGAGAUGAGCAUCUCAUGAAGCAAGCAAUUCUAACCAUUCUCUCGCGUCUUGUCACUUCAAUGAAGGCUGCUUCUGUGCCCUUCCACCAUCUUGUGUUGCCCAUCAUCAGAGGUGCUGUCGAACCCGGGUCAGAUACACAGGUCUACCUGCUCGACGAUGCCUUGGAUCUCUGGGCGAACAUCCUGAUCCAGACACCUGCUCCAGCAUCGCCUGAGCUGCUGCAAUUAGCACCAUACCUCUUCUCCAUUUUUGAGCUAGGAUCGGAAAACCUCCGUACAGCUCUCGAUAUCACCUCAUCCUAUUUCCUACUUGCUCCUUCGGAGAUGCUCUCAGAUGAAAUGCGCAAGCCGCUCAUGGCAUCCCUAUCUAACCUUGUCGGCUACGUCAAGGCUGAUGCCAGUGGGACUGUGAACAAUCUCGUCGAGCUCAUCAUCAGGUCAGCAGAGCGCAUCGGCGGCGAAUCUGCCGUCAGCACCAUCGCCAGCGACCUCAUCGAUUCCGACUUCCUUCGCAAACAGCUCCGUGGUCUGCACGGUAGUUGGGUCGCACAUUGCACCACCGGCCCGCUAGCAAAAGACCCACCCGUCGACGGCAUCGUCGAGACGGACUAUUUCUCUGUCCUUGCACGUCUAGCAAUGGGAUCAGAAGAUAUAUUCCUGCAAGCAGUGCAGGCAGCCGCACCGCCCAUUCCGCUCAGUGACACCACCAAUAAGCCUUCUAUCCACGACUCGAUGAAAUGGCUGCUCGAAGAAUGGUUCAGCCACUUUGAGAACAUCGGCGACCCUUCACGUCGCAAACUCAUGUGUCUUGCCCUGACAAAACUGCUCUCUACUUCUCAGCCCUUCAUCCUCGGCUCCCUCCAAUCCCUCAUGACCCUCUGGACAGACAUGGUAACCGAGAUCCGCGAAGAGGGCGGCGCAGUCGACUCGGACACCUUGGUCUACGAUAACGCCGAUCAAUUGAGAACAACCGAGGCCGGUGUCCUUGAAGCUCCCGAGGAUGAAAGACGAAGAGAAUUGACAUUUGCGGAUCCGGUGCACAAUGUGAGGACUACUCAGUGGAUCAAGCAUUACUUGCAGAUUGCCAUUCAGGCUGCGGGUGGACAGGAGGCUUUCCAGAACGAGUGGCUGGUUAAUGUUGACAAGGAUGUUAUUGCUGCAUUUGGCGAGUUGGGCAUCAUG